CGUAACAGUCAGACGCGGGGCACUUGCGGAAGACUAAGUCAAGGAAGACUAAGUCAAGGAGCACCUUAGCUCAAGGCACAGCGCAUGGGACUCCUCGUUGUGGGCGAGGUCCCUAAGGUAGGAAAUAAGCCUAGCAUCGGCCGGGAGUCUUCAUUCCCGUCUUGUCUACGGCUCCGCCACCCGUUGCAAGCCUCUUUGGCCAUGGCCGCCCAUACAACGGCCUAGACAAUGCAUCCUCGUCGCCAUCACAUCGCCAUCACAUCGCCGCCAAGAUCGGCUCGGGAACAGCCACCAACAGACGCGCUGACGCCAUACCCGCCGCGCUGUUACCGUCACCACCCUCCCCAUCGUCGUCGUUCUCACACGCAUCGUCAGUUCGACCACAGCAGCAGCAGCAGCAGCAGCAGCAGCCAGAGCCAGGGCGUGAUCCCCACCGGCCCAUUUGUCCAAUGCCCACGCCCACGCUCACGCUCACGCUGCCGCCCUCUCGUCACCACCACCACCACCACAACCACUGACGUUGCGAGCCCGCCCUCCCACCAACAGCCAGCAGAGUCCCAACUCGGGGUGUCUUGCCUCGCGCUUGCGGCAAUCAAUGAGAUCGUAGCGGCCCUUUGCUUUUUUGCACAAGACGACGGCGUUCUAAUUAUGGAGAUGGAUGCGUUUGGUUUGUCACAGUACAGGGUCGUCACUCAUGGUCGUUCUCGCUGACAAGCCAGCCACCUUUGCGACGGUACGGAGUACACCACCCCGUGCUCCCUCUCCGGGCGGGCAAUCACCCAGAGAGCAACGGGCAGUGAUGAAGGCGCCUGUUUGCCACAGCCGAAGCCCAUUCUUUGCCGCCCAGGCGCCCCGGACCAGGUACCGUUCCUUGGGGGCUUG